AACAGCCUAUGUCAUCUCUCCGUAUAUAGAGACUCUGGACAAGCACACAACCAGUACAGCAAGGCAACACUGAGUGUAACCAUGCUGCCUGUGUUUCUGCUUGUAGCCUCGCUGGUCAUCGAGACUGGCUUGAGUGAAAGUCGUUGCUUGGGAUAUGAUGUCUUGUGUACCACUGCGGAUUACCAGUUCCGCCGUUACAACGAAUCGGUCUUGCUUGGAACCAAUGUAAGCAAGAACACCGAAAAUCCAAAGGACCUUGCGAUGAUGUACCGCUUUAUGAGGGGGGACAACUCAGAAGGGAUGAAUAUCCAAUACAAUGGACAAUUUCUCAUAUCAUUGAGCUGGCAUAGAGUGCUUGCAAUCUACAUGAUGCUUCCCGAAGAGCUCUGGGACAAUCCUCCAACACCAACCAACCCACGACUGUUUAUAAUUCGUUUCCCGAUGAUGGAUGUGUUCGCCAGGAAUAUCCAUUGGAAGGUCUUGACCGACGCAAGUGAUUUCAACCGCACGCUCACUGAGCAGAAUGCCCAUGUCAACAAUUCUACCUUCUUCGUGCAUUCCUGCAAGGGGUCUUCAUUGGUGGGCUCAAGAUUCACCUACGGCAUGGGCACAAGGAGUUUCCUGCAGUUAACGGCAGGUCAGGAGUUAUGGUUCGUUGCCACUGGCAGAUUCGACUGCCCGACCCCUUGAGGCCAACAAGGACGUUUUGCAUCCUCCGCUUGCUUCCUGUUAAACAUUGCUUUCUACAUUCCUUCCACUGUUAAUUCACUCCCAACACCAGCACUCGGUAAUCACAGCACUGGCCUGUUCACCCGGCAUGACAUCAACUUCCCUUGGGCAAACUGUGUGGGGCCAUGAUACACUCUCACAGUGUCAGCAGUGCGGCUGGAUUGGGGCAUCCAUUUCUGGGAUGUCGACAACCGUGGUCCUUCGUCUGCCACAGGAAUAUCAGAAUCUUGUUAAGGAAUAUGGCCCAGAUAAAGCAUUAACCGUGUCGGCCAGGGGCGCCAUGUCACCGUUACCAGACAGAUGUAACCGUCCAUAGGAUCACUUUCAUUUCGGCUGUAACAGUGAGAUUCGGAACCCGUCAAAAACCACGGGGACACCCAAAUUGACGCCUGGGGGACGGGUGGAUAUCUGUGUCUUCUUUGUAAGUGCAGGGCUGAAGGCGUGAAGACCGGGGCCAUUUCUGUAUGAACGUACAUUCGUCUGCUCUACAGCGCUGUACAUACUGGGCAGAAAAGCAAGCUGAAGUUUGAUAUGAUCCACGUCCUGUGUCGAUGUAUUUGUAAUGACUCUCCUGUGUCCUGAUGAUUGCAAGGGUUCUCAUGUUCCAUUGGUCACGGCGUUUGGCCGCUCCUUCUCGAGGUUCCAUACAGACCACACUGCCUUUCUGAUAUCUGUCCCGCGGUCGUAUAGCCAUUUCCAAACUUAGUUGCGUGCCUGAGUAAAACUGUCGCUGUUUGCAUUAA